AAUGAAUUGCGUUUCACCUAAUACAUUUGAGUAUUUUCCUCAGACUCAUAAAACAUUGAUGCUAAACUAUUAAACUAAAGCUAUAUGGUAGAUGAACGUUAGCUGAUGAAGCUAUAAUGCAAAAGCUCUUAAUUUUUAGUAGGAUAUUUUAAAACUAAGCAGUCAGUUAGGGAACAAAAUGAGGAAAAUGCUCAAUUUAAAGGUGUUAUUUUAAAGCAUAAAAUGGCCGGUAACAGUUAGCUGAACCGUUAAGCUAACGUAUGCAACUAACUAGCUGAAGCGCUGCUGCACAAGGCAUGGCCGUCUACCAGCAGCCACCUCAGAUGGUGGCAGUGACCACCACCACCACCCACGGCCCUUCGGUAUGGACUUCUGGCCUUUGCGAUUGCUGCAAUGAUAUGGGCACCUGUUGCUGCGGUCUCUGGUGUUUCCCCUGCAUGCAGUGUGAGACAGCCAGUAAGCAUGGCUGGUGCUGCUGCCUGCCACUUCUGGACGUCUGCUGUGUGGUUUCCUGCCUUCUCCGCUCCUCCAUUAGAGAGAAAUAUGGCAUCCCUGGUUCGUGCUGUGAAGACUGCUGUCAGUUGACUUGGUGUUACCCGUGCGUGUGGUGCCAGAUGAAUCGGGAGCUGAAGGUCAGGGGCAACCAGCCAACCGCAGUGGUCACCACGCAGGUCAUCGGUGUCUAGGAAAUGUUGACCAAAUAAUUAUAACUGAGUUGUUAUUUUUUUCUGUGGUCUAAUCUUGAAAACAUACAAGUGAAUUUAUUUUGUAACUAGUAAUAGAUGGAGGGCAAAGAUGUAGACUAAAAAUGUAGCAUUCAAUUCUAUCUGUAUACUUUUACACAUCAUCACAUUUAUGUUGUAAACAAGUGGUCUAAACAUUUUUUAACAUUUAAAUAAAAAAAAAACAAAAAAAAAAAAAGACUAGAUCGGUGCAUGUGUUAUAUCAACUCUCAGAUGAACGUUGCUUUGGAUUUAAGGAACUUGUCUGUAUAUGUAUCUUUGAUUCUCUGUGGCCAGUGAAAUAUUCCUGUUUCAGAUAACAAGCUCCUAUUGCAGCAUGAGUGAAAAGAUAAAUAAUUUUUAACACAGAUGACAUGAUAUUGAUAGACCAAUGACAAAUGAUAUGUCUAAGAUGUAAUAAAUCUUUGGAUGUUCUGUAAUGACACAAGAAA